UUCCGGACAAGAGAGUAUUGUAGAAGAAACCAUGGCAUCACGUGGAACCCUCUGCGGCACGAAAAAAAGGGUCUGAGUGGCGGCCCCCGUGUGACCGUCCCCUAAUACAAAAACCCCACAACGCCUGGCGGCGAAAUAGCGGAGCAGAGCAAAGCAAAGCAGAGGACAGGCUGUUUGGAAUCGGUGCUUGUUGUUUUCGGUUGGAUAUUUGUUUAUUUGAAGAAACUUUUUGCUUGGAUGAAUUAAGGUAUUUACUUUGCUUGCUUGAAUAAAAGAUAAGUUUACAGAAUCUCAAGGCUUAACAGUGAAGGCAACUGGUUCGUUUUUCAGAGGUGCUAUGUUCUACACUUUUGAAAAUUUGCUGUUGUAGAAUGGUUUUCAUGUGGGUUUAGAGAGUAAGAAGAAUGUAAAUGAAGGUUUAUUGUUUAGAUAGUUAGAUGGGUCUAGUAACAAUCUUGGAGGGAAAUUGUGGUGGGAUUUCUGUUGUUUAAUGAGUGAGUUUAAUCAUGAAACCCUAGAAGUGGGGAGCUGUUAAAACAUUGUAAAGCCAUGUUGGCUGGGAGACUUUAAAGUUGAAAUUUUUGGGUAGGCAGGGUGGGUAUGGGGGGUUGAGGGGUGAUCAGGGAAUUUAAGCAACAACCAUGGGGUGCAUACUUCCAAAGGGCUGCAAGGGCCGCAAGAAUGACAAGCAUAAGGAUAGUGUGGCCGAGGGACGUGCUGUGGAGGAAAGUGAGACUGAUGGGCUGGACAGGCCACAGGCAGAGUGGAAUGUCGGCGAGUCGGAUGUUGGAGUCUCGAGGUUGUCUAGAUUGUCUGCACAGUUUUUGCCCCCUAGCGGAUCCAAGGUUGCUAAGGUCCCGGCAUUUAAUUUUGAACUGAAAUACUCAUACCUCUCUCAGCGGGGUUAUUAUCCGGAUAAUUUGGUCAAGGAAAAUCAGGACAGCUUUUGUAUCCACACACAGUUUGGACAAGACCCGAAUGAUCAUUUUUUUGGAGUGUUUGAUGGUCAUGGGGAUUAUGGAACCGAGUGCUCGCAGUUUGUGAAGAGACAAUUAUGCGAGAACCUGCUCAGGGAUCCAGAAUUUAAAACAGAUGUAGUCCGAGCAUACCAUUCUGCUUUUGCAGUUACAAAUGCACAGUUACAUGAGAGCGAAAUCAAUGAUUCAAUGAGUGGAACAACUGCAAUAACAGUGCUUGUGAGAGGGAACACACUUUAUGUUGCGAAUGUGGGGGAUUCUAGGGCCGUUAUUGCAGAGAAGAGAGGGAAUGAGAUUGUUGCGGUGGACCUUUCCAGUGAUCAGACUCCUUUUAGAGCAGAUGAAUGUGCUCGUGUUAAGAGCUGUGGGGCCAGGGUUAUGACUCUUGACCAGAUUGAAGGAUUGAAGAACCCAAAUGUUCAAUGCUGGGGAGGUGAAGAGGAUGAUGAUGGUGAUCCUCCACGCCUCUGGGUCCCAAAUGCAAUGUACCCUGGUACUGCAUUUACGAGGAGUGUUGGGGAUGUAAUUGCCGAAAAUAUUGGUGUCAAUGCAGUUCCCGAGGUUCUUGUGAUGCAGCUCACACCAGCUCACCCAUUCUUUGUUAUUGCAAGCGACGGAGUAUUUGAAUUUCUCUCCAGUAAGGCAGUUGUAGAUAUGAUCGUCAAAUUUAAAGACCCUCGGGAUGCUUGUGCUGCAAUUGUUGCUGAGUCGUACCGGUUAUGGUUGCAGUAUGAAACCCGUACCGAUGAUAUUACAAUUAUUGUUGUACGGAUUAAUGGGUUGCAAGAUUCAGGUACAAGAAGUAGUCCAGUAUUAGUCACAAGCUCAAAGCUAGUUUAUCAACCUUCAGCAGUAGAACAAGGUGAUGAAUCUCCCUUGUCUACUGGGGACAGUGUGAGAACUUCUCGACCAGCUCGACAUGAUUUAUCACGAGCACGCCUCAGGACCAUUGAGACAUCUUUGGAGCAUCCUGUUUGGGUUCCUCCAAUGCUACCAUAUAAAAAGACCCAGGAGGAAAUAGAUCAAAUUGACCGGGCAUUGCAAGGAAAUUUUCUAUUCAACAAAUUAAGCAAGGAACAACGCCAAAUGUUGUAUGAAUGUAUGGAAAAGGUUCAAGUUAGUGCCGGAGAUGUUGUUAUCCGACAGGGUGGAGAAGAUGAUCAUUUCUAUAUUGUUCAAAAGGGAGAUUUUGAUGUCCUUGUUUCCAAGGAAGACAGUACUGAGAAGGAAUUAGGCAGAGUUGUGCAUCGCUACAGUGCUAGUAACUUUUCAUGCUUUGGGGAGUUGGCACUUAUGUAUAAUAAACCACGGCAAUCUUCAGUUCUGGCUGUAACAGAUGGUUCUCUCUGGGCUUUGAAAAGAGAGGAUUUUCGUGGAGUUAUUUUAACAGAGUUCACUAGUCCUUCAAUUUUAAAUAUCCUAAGGUCUGUUAAUGUACUGUCAAACUUGAGUCCCUUGCAGCUGAACCGCUUAGCAGCUUCAUUAUCAGAAAUAUCAUUUAUUGAUGGAGAAAGAAUAGUUGGUGAGUAUGAGAACCUCUCGGCAUUCUAUAUUAUCCAGCAAGGUAAGGUGAAGUUAACAUAUCAUUCACAGUUAGAUUCAGGGUCUGUUACAUGGAACAUUCUCUCCAAUCAUACUGUGUGGGAAGACUUAAAUGAAUAUCAAAAGUGCUUAACAAAGAAACAAGGUGGCUAUUUUGGAGAGCAGAUACUUCUUGGUGAUCAGAUCAAUUCAGUAACUGCAGUUGCUAUUGGCAGUGUUGUAUGUUCAAUGAUUACAAAGGAGAAGUUUGAUUCAGUGGUGGGAUCCUUACAGAGAACUAUCCAAGAUGAUAUGCAGUUAAGAGAUCACAUAAUUGAUUUGAGAGAACAUGUGCUAGAUGUCAAUGCUACUGAUUUCAGAAAAGUUCAUCUGUCGGACUUGGAAUGGAAAAAGACUGUCUAUGCCACUGAUUGCUGUGAAAUAGGACUUGUUCUUAAGAAGGGUUCAGAUAAUCUGCUGAGCUUGAAAAGGUUUUCGAAGUAUAAGAUAAAGCAGCUUGGACGUCAAGUACAGGUUUUGAAGGAGAAAUCUCUUGUCGAGAACUUGUUUCCAUCUGUAUUUGUGCCACAAGUACUUUGUACAUGUGCAGACCAACAAUUUGCUGCAAUUCUCUUGAAUACUUGUUUGGCCGGUCCACUGGCAGCGAUUCUACAUGUGCCAUUGAGAGAAUAUUCUGCUCGUUUUAUUUCUGCUUCAGUUGUGGUGGCUUUGGAACUAAUGCAUAAGGAUGGAGUUGUAUACAGGGGUGUAUCGCCUGAUAUCCUAAUGAUUGACCAGAAGGGCCAUUUGCAGCUUGUAGACUUUCGUUUUGCUAAAAAGCUCUCUGGUGAAAGGACUUAUACAAUAUGUGGGAUGGCAGACUACUUAGCCCCGGAAAUAAUCCAGGGCAAAGGCCAUGCUUUUGCUGCAGAUUGGUGGGCAUUAGGGGUGCUGAUAUAUUUUAUGCUGCAAAAUGAAUUGCCAUUUGGAUCAUGGAGAGAAAGUGAUUUGGAUAUUUUUGCAAAAAUUGCUAAAGGACAACUAAUGUUCCCAAGUCAUUUCAGCGUGGAAGUGAUUGACUUACUGAAAAAGUUGCUGCAAGUUGACGAGAAUUUGAGACUUGGUUGUAAAGGAGCUGACAUGAUUAAGAGUCAUUCAUGGUUUAAAGACGUGGAUUGGAAAUGUGUCCUAGAGUGUAGUGCACCUGUACCUGAAGAGAUCUUAACUCGUAUUGAUUCAGCGUUUGAACUUCAUUAUGCCGAUGAACACCAAAUAUCUGCAGUUGGGUCAUCAAUUGAUCUGGAAGAGUUAAAUACGCAACAAUGGCUUGAUGGCUGGUAGAAUUUUAUGGCUGAUGUUUCUCUUCCAUUUCAUACCACUGAUGAGCUUGGAUGUAAAAAUGGGCUGCAAUUUCUGUGUUCAUACUUGUAUUUUCCCAAAGGCUUUUCUGUCUUUCUUCUACUUAGUGUUCACAAUAGGUGGUGGUUCACAAUCUGUGAAUACAGAGGAUAGGCCAAAGUUUGCUCAUGCCUCAUAUUUUGGUUCAUGUAUUUGGGUCAUGAAGAAGUUUACAGAAUUCCUAUGAUUUUGAGAUCCACAAUGCUUGAAAUGGAAAGUGCUUCGAUAAUAGAAAUUUUCUUCGAGAAUUUUUUUCAA